AUGAGUUCGAAAUUAUUAAAUACAACAAGUACAAAUUUAAUAUCAUUUCCAUUUAUAAGUAUUUUUCCUCAUUUACAAAAUUAUAUUCAUAUUUAUUUUUCAAUAAAUGCUAUAUCAUUUUCUCAAAAAUUAAAAACAACAUCAACUUAUUCUAUAAAUAAAUCAAAUAUAAUUGAAACAGAUAGAAUUGAAUUUAAACUUAAUUUGCCUUGUUCACAAUAUUUACGACAAAAGACUAUUGAUUCUAUUGCAUUUGCUGAUUUGAUGAGUUCGGGUGCAUUGAUAUGUCAAUCACAACUUCGUAUUUCAUCAUCUAAUCAAGACUUUCUAUUGAUGACUAAUACAAUUUGUCAAUUUUAUCGAUUAACUGUUGUCGAAAAAAUUAAUUCGGCUGCAUCUUUAUAUGCUGAAACAAUUCUUGAACAACCAAUAGCUCUCUUAUUUAAAUCAAUAGUAUGUAUAUUUUGA